AUGUCCGAUGGAUGGACCGAUGGAAAGUCUCGCUCUCUUACUAAUUUUCUUGUUAAUAGUCCAAGUGGAAUGGUGUUUAUUAAAUCAAUAGACACCUCCUAUGCAAUUAAAAAUUCUAUAAAAUUAUUUGAGAUGCUUGAUGACAUUGUGAAUGAAAUUGGGGAAGAAAAUGUGGUUCAAGUGGUAACUGAUAGUGCAUCGGCCUAUGUGCGUGUUGGUAGAUUAUUGGAAGAGAAGAGGACUAAAUUGUUUUGGUCCCCAUGUGCAGUACAUUGCAUUGACUUAAUGUUAAAUGACAUAAGUGAGUUGACAGUUUUCAAAGAUACAAAGCCAAGGAAAUCGCUGUACCAACAAAAUUUAAAUGCCGAUAGAGGAAAAAGAAAAGUAUUUGAAGAUGAUAAUGAAAUCGAAUUGAUUGAAGAUGGAGAAAAGGAAGAGGAAGAAGAGUUUGAUGAAGUGACUAUGGUAGAUGAUGACGAAGAGGAUGACUCUGAUAUUGACCUUAGAGAUGAUGAAGAUUGA